GGCCGCAGCCCGCAUCUGCCACCGCAGUCUGGCUGCACUCGAGUGUUCUCUUGUACAUUUGCUGAGGCCUAGAGAGACCCGGGAGGGAGCUAGGCCGGGUCCGCUGCUCUAGCCACUUUUUGCGCACAAAGGCGCCGACCCCAGGCCCGGGACGAGGCGAGCGGCCACCGCUCCGGAGCAGCGCGGAGACGCACGGCGCGCCCUAUGCCCCGGCGCCCCCACCUACCCCGCCGCGGCAGCCCGAGCACAGCGAGAGAACGCGCCACCCCGGGGCCUGGGUGCAGCUAGCAACCCUUUCCCCUAGCGCGCAGCCCGAGGUGAGCAGUGAGCGGCGAGCGGGACGGCAGCGAGGCGCUCGCGGGCCCCCUCCUGCUGCCCGGGCCCGGCCCGCUCAUGGCGGCCAUACGUAAGAAGCUGGUGGUGGUGGGCGACGGCGCGUGCGGCAAGACGUGCCUGCUGAUCGUGUUCAGUAAGGACGAGUUCCCCGAGGUGUACGUGCCCACCGUCUUCGAGAACUAUGUGGCCGACAUCGAGGUGGACGGCAAGCAGGUGGAGCUGGCGCUGUGGGACACGGCGGGCCAGGAGGACUACGACCGCCUGCGGCCACUCUCCUACCCGGACACCGACGUGAUCCUCAUGUGCUUCUCGGUGGACAGCCCGGAUUCGCUGGAGAACAUCCCCGAGAAGUGGGUGCCCGAGGUGAAGCACUUCUGCCCUAAUGUGCCCAUCAUCCUGGUGGCCAACAAGAAAGACCUACGCAGCGACGAGCACGUCCGCACAGAGCUGGCGCGCAUGAAGCAGGAACCGGUGCGCACGGAUGACGGCCGCGCCAUGGCCGUGCGCAUCCAAGCCUACGACUACCUCGAGUGCUCGGCCAAGACCAAGGAGGGCGUGCGCGAGGUCUUCGAGACGGCCACGCGCGCCGCGCUGCAGAAGCGCUACGGCUCCCAGAACGGCUGCAUCAACUGCUGCAAGGUGCUAUGAGGGCCGCGCCCGCCCCGCCUUCCCCUGCCGGCGCGCCUCCCCCUCCCGGGCCCAGCCCCCACGAGCCCGGGGAAGGGGAGACCCGCGUGCCCAAGGACCCCACCGGACUGCCUGGUGUCUGCCUUCAGCCCCGGCCGACGUGGCCCGGCGGCUCAGGCUCUGGCGCCGGGAAUCCGCGUGGUAGGCACCGGGCGCCUGCUUUCCAAGUAUCUGUGCGUCCGGCUGUGUUGCACAGGCCUGGCCGCCCCGCUGAGUGCCAAGGGUCCCCUGACCACCCUUUAGAGAAGAGUCAAGCCUCUUCAGAGUGUGUGGCUGUGUGUAUGUUCGACUCCCCGCCGCCGGGUUUUCACCCCAUGCCCGCCUCUGCCUCCCGGAGACAAGCUUGGCACCGGGGUGCGGCCGCGCCCCAUCAGAUGUUCGUCCAUAACCAGCGAGCGCCUGCUAUCCCCUGUCUGUAACAUAGACCUCGGGAACUGCGGGAGGGGAGGGCUGGGGAGGAUGGGGUGUUAUAUAAAUAUAGAUAUAAUUUUAUUUUCGGAGGUAGGAUGGUGUUAUUUAAUGGUGGUGGGGGGUGGAGUGACGGGGCGCUGGAACAGCUCCGGCCCAGCCUGGGUCAGGCGUCCAUCCCAGCACGAACAAGACUUGGCCAUCUUUCCAAACCCUGGGAAGACGUUUGCAGCCGACUUGGGGAUGAGAGGACACAGCUUCUAGACUCAUGGCUCCUGCGGGCCAGCCGCCCCCCCCCCCCCCCCCCGCGAACCCCCUCACCAGACACAGGCAGGAGGAGGGAAAGUGUGCUGCAGGUCGUUUUUGCCAUAAGCGAACUUUGUGCCUGUCCUACAAGUGAAAAUCGUUCAGUCCAAGAAACUGAUGUUAUUUGAUUUAUUUAAAGGCUAAAACUUGGGUGGUUUUUUUUGGGGGGGGUGGAAGAAUUCUUUGCACAAUUGUUUCAUUGUUUGACAUUUAAUGCACUUGUCAUUUGCAUAAGACAGUAGCAUUCUGACCACACUUGUACACUGUAACCUCAUCUACUUCUGACGUUUUUAAAAAAAUGAUGACUUUUAAAAAAAAGGAGAAGAAAAAGAAACCACUAAUUUUUUUUCUUUUGAAAAAAGUGGCAACACUGUUCUGUUUUGCGAUUUUAUUUGUGCAGGUAUGCGCACUCUUUUGAGAAAGGGCAGUAACAAGUGUUAGAGCCUAUCUAAAACCUUUUUUUUUUUACCCCCACAAGUCAGUCUCUAAAGCUGUGUGAAAUUUUCUCUGCAUCUCUGUACAGAGAGUAAACCUGCCCCUAGUGUCUCUUUUCUCCCCCUCCCUUCCCCAUCCAGUGGUACUUCUACUAAAUUGUUGUCUUGUUUUUUAUUUUUUAAAUAAACUGACAAAUGACAAAGUGGUGAGCUUAUGAUGUUUACAUAAAAGUUCUAUAAGCUGUGUAUACAGUUUUUUUAUGUAAAAUAUUAAAAGACUAUGAUGAUGACAUUUAUAAAA